AUGCCGUCAUCGCUCUGGCUCAUCGCUCCCCACGACGACCACGCCUUCAACAAGUCGCUGAAGGAUCUGAUCGGCACCACGCUACCGUCAAAUUUUCCCCAUGCGCCCAAGAACACGUUCAUUCCACACGUGACGGUAACCUCGGAGAUUGAUCCUGCAAACACUUAUGAGAAAUCAUCAUCACCACAGGAAUGGCUCGACGGCCUGACUCUGCCGGAGUUCCAAAAGGAAAAGAAUGAGGUGGUAAUCGAGCUCGAGCAGCUCGAAGCCGGAGAGCCCUUCUUCAAGAAAGUCACGCUCCGAGCCAAAAAGGAUGCCAAUCUGGUCAAGUUCGCCUCAAAAUGCAGGGAGCAAGGGCUAUUAUUGUCCGAAAACGAGGCGCAGAAGUGGGCUGAGAAUGAAUAUCUUCCGCACUUGAGCUUGUUCUAUGGCGACAUACCCAAGGAUGAAGUGCAGAAGAAGAUUGGCUUGAUCGAGCUGCAGUUGGGCUUCGAGUUUGGGAGUCUGUUCGAUUGUUGUGGUGGCACGCUGGCGAUGGGUGCCAAACUCGUGCUUGUGGACACGAGCAAGGAGAUCAAAGACUGGACGCCCAUUGCGCAGAGGGAUUGUCCUUGGGUCAUUUGGACCAUGUCAAAGGGCCUCUUAUGA